AUGGGCCAAAGGAGACAGGCCAAGUUUCAGUAUGGCAAAUCAAAGACUUCAAGAACUAGCCCAGUUAAAUUUGAGAAAGAAACAAUUGUUGAUAGUGAUGAGAUUUUUGAUGCAGUCGGGCAAUCAAAAUUUGUUCUAGAGAACCUUCACCAUUACACAGUCCAUCCAAAUUUGGCCCAGUACUAUGAGCCUUUGAAGCCCACUGCACUGCAUAAAUUCCUGGCUCGAAACAGGAAAAUUCAAAGCUUCACAUUGAAAGUAACAGAGUAUGAUCAGGAUAAGACCUUACUGAUUAUGACCAACAACCCACUUCCCUGCCCAAUCGACCAUCAAGGAAAGGACAUGACAUCAAAAUACUUUUCCAGUGAGUUACUGCUCAAGGAAAGUCAUCAGCACAAGCCCACUGAGAACUUCUUCCUACCUCUGAUGUCUCAGAAAAAAAAGUUAAGAUCUGGGCUGAAACCAGUCUUCCCUGUGACACUGUUGGAGGACCCUAAAUCCAAGAGAGAACAAUGGUUUAGGUUUUCCACGGACAAGGAUUUCAAGAGUGAAGGGAAGUAUUCAAAGGUCUAUGCUUUGAGAAAACAGAAAAAAAUGUACCCUCAGCUCAACUUUGCUCCAGUCUGUAAAAGAGAGCUGAGGAGUGACGUCUCCAAGAAGUCAGGGAACGACCUGCCAACUUCCCAGAUGAUUUGGGAACCAUUAACCCUUUCAUCACUCCUGGAAGAGAAGCCCACCAGAACCGCGCCAGGAGAGAGCGCGUUCCGCAACGGAAGGGCCGAGCAGUGGAUUAUAAAAAACGAUGAAAGCAAACCCUACAUGCCCCUCGCCUCAUCUCCAGAGACUGAGGGGCCUGGAGAAGUCGCCAUUUAG